ACAUUUCCCAACCGCACCGCACAAGAGUGGGUCAGUAACAGUCUGUUGUUGGUGCUUUGCGGACGUCACUUUCCACUGAACGAAAGUUAUUACGCUUUAAAAACAAACCUUUUUUAAUUUGUGCCAGUUACAUCAGGCAAAGUAAAUAAUGAAGCUAAAGACAGACCUUUUAGUCCAGCCUUCAGGUGAAAUAUCGAAGAAGAUUCGAGAAGAAUUAAAAGAAGAUGUUAACACCCGCUAUAAGGAUUUAGCAGCGAUCAAGGAAUGGUUACGGAAACAACCGCAUUUACCCGAUGAAUGGGAGGAUAUGCCGUUACUGACUUUCCUGCGCGGCAGUAGUUUCUCUCUGGAGAAAUGUAAACGCAAACUGGACAUGUACUUCACGAUGCGCGCUGCCUGUCCUGAAUUCUUUACUAACCGAGAUGCCACCAGUCCUGAGCUUAGAGAGAUCUUGAAGGGAAAACUGCAAGGACCACCUCUUCCUGGUGUCACUCCGAAUGGCAGACGAGUCACAAUAUGUCGAGGUGUCCAUCCCAGUCUGGAUGGUCAGCAGAUCACGGACACUUUGAAGUUGGCACUGAUGGUAGGCGAUGUGAGGCUUAUGGAGGAAGUGCAAGGCGUGGCUGGAGACAUCUAUGUGCUGGACGCAGCGGUGCUCGGGCCCAGCCUGCUCGCUCGACUCUCGCCCACUAUUGUCAAGAAGUUCAUGAUUUGCGUACAGGAAGCUUAUCCAGUGAAAUUGAAAGAAGUGCACAUAAUAAAUACGUCUCCUAUCGUUGAAAGAUUUCUUACAUUUGUGAAGCCAUUCCUUAAGGAAAAGAUCAGGAAGAGGAUCUUCAUUCACAAAGAGCUGAAGGAUUUGUACAAAUACGUUCCUCAGGAAAUGAUGCCUGAAGAAUAUGGUGGGCAAUGCGGAACUAUGGAAGAACUUCAAGAUCAAUGGACUCAAAAACUCAUAGAAUAUCGUGAUUGGUUCAAAGCUCAGGAUUCAAUAAAGGCCAAUGAAUCUCUCAGACCGGGCAAACCGACAAACUACGAUGAACUCUUUGGUAUAGAUGGUUCUUUCAGGCAAUUGUCUAUUGAUUGAAUUUUAUAAAGCUAUAAUUAAGUACAUAAAUAUUGUUUAUCAUUAUUGAUUAAGGUUUUGCUAAAAUAUU